AGGGUGUUGCUUUUCUAGCUUUCUUGGACAAUGGCGAGUGAAGACACUCCCUUGCGGCCUGGCCGCUGCACUAUCUCGGGUGAGGUCUACAAAAUCGAUGGCAAGGAGGUGGUGUUGAUGGGUGGCAACUACUGCGUCAAAGCAGGACCAUACUACCCGCCACUGGAGGUGGUUCGGAAGGAUGCCAAGCUGAUGGCAAAGGGUGCGAAGUCGAUGGCCUAUGUGCCACCACCCGCAGCUGAUGGCACUCCCAGACCUGUAGUUCCUUGUGUCCGGCUGCCAGCCCUGAUGGAAAGUGCACUUCCUGCAAAGGGUCCUAUCGAUGCCACCUUCAAAAGCAAACUGGAAGAGACCAUACAGGCUUUUCGAGAUGAGGGUGUCUACGUCUUUCUUGAUAUGCACCAAGACGCCUUUGGCACCACAAAUGGUGGAGAAGGUUACCCCUGGUGGGUGGCAGAGGAUUUUCAGAAGAGGGCAGGUUGCUGCCUGGAGCAGUGUUGCUGUUGCUGCUGCUUUUCCAGCAGCUGCUGGUCUUGCUGUCCGGAAAAAUGUCGCACCUCAUACGUUUCAACCCCGCAGCAUCCAUUGCAGCCUUUCUGUGGCCUACCAAACUGCCUGGCCAAAUGCUUUAAUGUGGGCAUCACGACAUACAGCGAAGAUCCUGAACCCUGGCUUCCCUAUUCCGUGGGUGGCGGACAGGGUAAUCCUGCCCUUAUGAACAUUGGCAAUGCCAGCAUGAGAACCAACAACUCUGAUGAUAGAUGGAGUACAUUGAUAACGUCUGCGCAAGUUCAGAAUUGUGUUCCACGCGUCUACAACUCCGCUCACCAUGCGGAAGACAAAGCCACAUUCUUCGAUCCUUUCGUGGGAUUGGCCAAAUACCUGUGCAGUGUUUGGGACAAGUAUGAGAAUGUCGUUGCGCUGGAGCUCAUGAAUGAACCUCUUUUGGGCGGCUUGCCAAACCUGUUCCAUUUCUUCACUAUUUGGAGGCAGAUUCUUUCCUUCCAAGCAGAUGUGAUGGAAGCUUUGGACGAGGAUCCAUCCAUCAAGUGCCCGAUUGCAAUAGCAAACUGGAGCAGUACCGUAGAAGGAGAAUCUUGCUUCGUCUCCUGCCUGGCUUGUUUUGGAGCUCCCAGCAGCGCCAUGAAGUGCUUCAAGUCCUAUGCAAACCAGAAUCGCCUGAUCCUCUCCUUCCAUUUCUAUUCUCCACCUUCAACGAAAGCCAUGGAAGAAGACAUUCAGCUGGCCAAAAAGAAUGCGGCCAAGUUCGGCGGCAUCCCUAUUUUUCUCAGCGAGUUUUGGGAGGACAGUGCCGUCAACUUUGCAGACAAGCUUGCAAUGGCUUGCGAUGAAGGUGUCAGCGCCAUCACCUACUGGCAGUAUGCAGACACAGAGUGGACUGGGCAAGAAGGCUGGUUUAAAUAUCCAGCUUCAGUCACAUCAAUUGGAACUCCGGUGGACGCCUCCGGCAACAUCAACACGGCGGCUUGGGAUGCUUAUUCCAAGACGGUGGCUGAUGGCACCUUCUUUGGAGGAUACAUCACUGGUGCUGGAGGCGCUCAGAUGAAUGUCUUGGAGUUGGUUCCUCCCGAGAGUGCAGCUGUAAAGAUGGAACGAAAGGUGUGGCCAGUUGGCCACAUGACACCCCUGCACAAAGCUCGGAGAUGUAUGAUGAACAAGGAGAAGGAGCGGAACAUCUGAAAAAGGAUUUGUCGGGAAGUUGUAUGUCACACUUUGAAAAACACUUGGACACCUUUUUGUAGCCAGGGUGCAAAGCCACCUCUCGUAGCAUCGAAAUCUGAUGCCUGGAGGGGCCUGAGGGCUCCAAGGACACUCCCAGGAUUGGGAUGUAAAGUUCGGAGC